AUCAGAUUCUGUAGACAAAUAAGGAAUGCUUAGCGACCAGGCCCAUGGGCAGAUUUCCAUCGUUAGAGAAAUAAGGCCUUCCAUGGCGAUGGACUCCGAGCAGGGAGAGGGAAGAAGGCCUUCAAUGGCGAUUGACUCCGAGCAGGGCGAUGGAAGAAGGCCUUCAAUGACGAUGGACUACGAGCAGGGCGAUGGAUUCAGCUCCCUACAAUUAAGUUUUGCAUCACUGAACACGGACGGAGGAAGAAGCCCUGCCCACCGCGCAAACGAGGGUACAUAUCGUGUUCUAAAGGCGCUUGAUCUAAACAUUCCCCCUGAUUGCAGUGACCCAAGCACGGAACUGCCGCGUUACGAUGCUGUCGACAUUGAGCCCACGCCUAAUUUAGAUUCGUCGGACUGCGCUCCUCCCAAUCCAGGAGGUUCAGAUUUAAUCCUCAACGGCGGCUGGAAACGGAGGAACAGAGGCAAGCAUGGCCCAGAGUGCCGUAGGGCGCCCUCUAAAAUGUCGGCAAUAGAGCAACGCCUGUAUCAAUUCAAAGACCGUAAGGGAGCAGAAAUAUUCGAGCCUACUGUUGGAACAACAUUUGACUCCAGCCAAGAAGCAUACGAAUUUUAUAAUCUGUACUCAUGGGAAUGUGGAUUCGGUAUUCGUCAUGGGAAGAGCAGAACUAACACAAACAACUAUAGGAGCAUGCACGAGCUAGUCUGCCAGUGCGCGGACAAGGCGAGAAAGGAAAACGCAUCAUCAUGCAAAACUGAUUGCAAGGCAAUGAUCAAAUUGCUUCGUACAAAGGACCAUGGCUGGUAUGUGAGUGCAUUCGUCAAAGAACACAACCAUCGGUUGUCAUUGGGAUAUGAUGCGAAGAUGCAGUGGAAUUCGCACAAUCAUAUUGACGCAAUAUCACAGGAUUUCAUAAAAAAUCUCCGUGAGAAUAACAUCAGUAUAACUAAGGUCUAUAACAUACUGGGCGGACUUGGAGCUGGUCCGCAAGCUGUGCCAUACCGCAAGCAGUUGCUGCGUACAUUGUGCUCCAGGUACUCCCAGGAAACUAUAAAAGAUGACCUGUCCAAAACAAUGAGUCUCCUGCAAGAGAUGAAGGCUCAGGACAACAACUUGAAGGUGGAGGUUGAUGUGGAUGCAGAGGGACGAGUCCGAUCGAUGUUGUGGUGUACCGGCAAGAACCGUCAGGAUUAUGUGCACUUUGGAGACGUGGUCACUUUCGACACAACUUACAAAACAAAUCUAUAUAACAUGCCAUUUGGUCUAUUUGUUGGCGUCAACAACCACUUCCAGUCGGUUAUCUUUGGAGGUGUCUUGAUGCGUGAAGAAACCGAAGUGGCAUUCAAGUGGGUGUUUAGCACGUUCGUCACCAUUAUGGACAACAAACAACCCGUUACUAUUCUUACAGACCAGGCACAGGCAAUGAAGGGUGCAAUCGAGUCUGCGCUUCCAGAAGCAAGGCAUCGUUGGUGCAAAUGGCAUGUUCUGCGAGACGCCAAAGAAAAGAUCGGCCAUGUGUACAACAAAUUCUCUGGAUUCAAGAAGCAAUUUCACCCUCUCAUCAAUGAUAUUAUGUGUGUGGAGGAGUUUGAAGACAGGUGGUCCAAGUUGGUAGAAAAAUACAAACUCAACAACAAUGAUUACAUGACAAGGCUUUUCGACAAGAGAGCAAUGUGGGCCAAGCCGUAUUUCAAGGAGAUUUUCUGCGCAGGGAUGACAAGCACCCAAAGGAGCGAGAGUGCCAAUCAUAUGUUGAAGCAGUACAUACAACGAUCAUCUCCCAUGCAUGUUUUUGUUCGUCAAUACGGGAAGUUUCUCGGUGCCAGAAGGAGCGAAGAGGCUAGGGAAGCACACAUGACAGCAAACAGGUCAUGCUCUUUUGAAAGCUCCUACCCUAUAGAGGACGAUGCUGCAUCCAUUUACACCCGCGCUGUGUUCAGCAAGUUCCAAGAUGAGCUUCAUAAGUCGGGGAGCUAUGUGGUAACGGUGGUUGAACCAGGCUCUCAUUACAUCGUCAGUGUUGCGCCAUCUAAGGUCGUGGACGAAUCCAGACGUAAGCAAAGAACGGUUAAAAUAGAGGAAUCAGGUCAAUUCAUCUCAUGUGAUUGCGGAAUGUUCGACCACGUUGGCAUGUUGUGCAGGCACUCUAUCAAGGUACUAGUACGUGAUGACAUAUUGAAGAUUCCGGCAAAGAAUAUAAUGAAACGCUGGACAAUAUGGGCAUGCGGCGAAUUUCCGAAGGGUAUGGAUAUGAUUGACAAUGCUUCAUCUCCCCAUGACAACAGCUACUUGAAGAAUCUUCUUCGUAUCGCCGUUGAAGACCUGGUCCGUGAAAGUUGCGACAAACCAAGCCUAGAACAUGCGCUAGAAGGGGUAACCAAGCUAACUUCCGUCGUACGCAAGAAAAGAAGGAUAUCUUCCGAACCUCCACAGAGCCUAAUUAAUUCCAUACAGUGUCCAGUAAACAUCACCAGCUCUGUGUUACUUCCUCCGGAAGGAUUGAACCCCAAUGGAAGGCCUGCUACGGUAAGGCCAAAGUCCAGGAUGGAUUAUGUUGCAGUGAAGACUAGGAAGAAGAAGAAGAAAGAAACCAGCCGUGGCAAUGGUAAGACUCCUGUUGGCACUCCGAAGAAUAAAAAACGUCCAGUGGCCAGCUUAUAUGACAACCAGGUUCCAUCGCUUUCGCCGGAGGUGAGCGCUGGAGAAACCGUGACACCAGAUGUUGGCCGGCCAAAAAGGAAGAUACAUUGUCAAAGCUGCAAACUUCCAGGUCAUACUCGACUGACAUGCACUCAGCGAGGUAUCUCCAAGAACCUGUUUGAAUGUCGGUAACAUGCAUCGGUGUUAUGCGGAAUUAUGUCAUGACAUUCGGGCCGCAUGUCCUGGGCUUGUGAUCUUUUGUCUAGUUAAUUUGUAUGUAUGAUAAAAUCGUUCGUACUCUAUAUCUAGAGUGUUUGGAGUAAGUUCAAAAUGUACGCCUCGGAUCUGAAUGUUCCUCGUGUUCUUAAGACCAACAAGAAGGUGUUUGGCAGAGAAAAAAAGACCCAAGUAGAAGGCGUUUACGUUUAUGUUUUUGUGGUGUCAUUAAACCAUAUUUU